UGACACUCCGAUAAAUGAAUAGGUUCAAUGGAAAAAAAAAAGUGAACCUAAUCGGUUUCGGGUGAUAUAGAAAAAUGAAUCGUAAAAAGUAAAGAAAUAAAAAUCUCUGAAAAAUGAUUGAAAACGAAGAAAAUCUUCCGUGUGACUGUUGAAAUGAAGCACAUACCGUGAAAGGAUCGAUGUCGGUUCAUCGUAAAUCAUAAAUCAUAAAUCGUACAUCGUAAAUGAGCACCGAACGGAAAAAUUUGUAACUGGGAGCAGGAUGGAACGAUCGGGUGAAAUAAUAACAAUUUUCAUAGGCCAGGCUGGUACACAAGUGGCAAACGCCUGUUGGGAAUUAUUCUGCCUGGAACACGGCAUAUUACCCAAUGGCUGCAUUCGUCCGGGUUAUCGGACGCAAGAUACUUCGCUCUGCACAUUUUUUACGGAAACAGAUGUAAGCGUGUUUGUUGAAUUUGUUUGAAUGGUAGGAACUGUCGAGGCAUUCGUCGCAGUUGCUGGAUUUAGCCAGCGUUCGAUAAUUUCGAGGCCCGAGGGUCGUUUUCCCAGAAAGAGACGAGGAAAAUGACAGCUCGUACGGUGAUCGUUGAUCUAGAACCCACGGUGAUCGACGAGAUCAGAACAGGUGCUUACAAGAAUCUCUUUUCUCCGGCGUCGUUGAUCUCCGGAAAGGAAGACGCGGCCAACAACUUUGCCAAAGGAUAUCAUUCGAGCGGCCGCGAGGCGAUCGAUCUCGUAGCGGAUCGUGUUUGCAGGACAUGGGACAAGUGUUCCAGACCAACCGGUUUCAUCGUGUUUAGAUCGGUGAACGGUGGUACCGGUGGCGGGUUCGGUACAUUAUUGCUGGAACGGCUGACGUACGACUAUCCGAAGAAGAUCACGUUGGAUUUUGCUAUUAGUCCGGCUCCUAAUAUCUCCACCGUGAUCGUUGAACCUUAUAACGCGAUUUUCGCCACGCAUGGUAGCUUGGACCACGUGGACUGUUGUUUUCUCAUCGAUAACGAAGCUCUUUACGAUAUUUGCACAAGAAAGUUGGACGUCGAGUCUCCAACGUACACCAACUUGAACAGAUUGCAAGCCCAAGUUGUCUCGAGUAUCACGGCCUCGAUGAGGUUCGAGGGAGCGGUGAACAUGAGCCUGCAGGAGCUGCAAACGAAUCUGGUACCCUAUCCUAGAAUUCAUUUCUCUUUGGCCACGUAUGCACCGCUAACCACUCCUAGAAAAGCCAUGCAUGCGGAGAUAACGACGCAGCAGAUCACGCGCGAUUGCUUCGAACCGGAUAAUCAGAUGGUAAAAUGUGAUCCACGCACGGGAGCUUACACGAGUUGCUGUUUACUUUACCGCGGGGACGUGAGCCCGAACGACGUGAACAGAGCGAUUGCGUCCUUGAAAGGGAAAAAGUCGAUUAGAUUCGUCAGUUGGAGUCCGACCGGAUUCAAGGUAGGAAUCAAUUAUCAACCGUCCGUGUCUGUGCCUGGCGGUGAUUUAGCGAACUCGAGGAGAACAGUGGCGAUGAUUAGCAACAAUACGGCUAUUCGGCAUUCGUGGAGAAUGCUCGCGCGUAAAUUCGACCAGAUGUAUCGGAAAAGAGCCUUUAUGCACCAUUACGUGGAGGAGGGUAUAGAAGAAGGUGUCUUUCGGGAAGCUCGCGACAACAUAGCGACUUUGAUCGAUGAUUACGAAGAGAUCGAGAGGUGAUCGAUAACCGGCACUCCUCGCUGCUCGUUCAUUUUCUCGGGAUCACGAUAUGCGAACGUUGAAAGACUCUCAAGCGGCCUAUCUGUAUAACAGGUUCGGUAUCGACUCCGAGAGAUCGAGUAUCGCAAACUUUAGUAACAAUCAACAUUUUCCAUGGAAACUUUGAUUCGUUUAAUUCUUGUUUUACGAGAAUUGUAAUUGUACGUAUAGGUAUCUCUACCACGAAACUUACGAAUAUAUUGAAGAAGGCUUACGGAAUAUAUUGACGGAACGAAAAUAUUUCCAUUUCUCCUUUCUUGACUUUACGGUUGAAGGAGGUUUGAAAAAGAGAAAUUGUCGCGCACCAGAACGGAAAAAGAUUCGAAUCGAAUCGGAUUGGAUUGGAUCGGAUCGGAUCGGAUCGGAUCGAGUCGCGGGAAGAUUGCACGAGACACGAGGGCACCAGCGGUAGUAGACUCUCGGGCACCAGUCGCGCAAUUGGAACGAUUGCGUUCGUCAGGUUCUCCCACUGUUUCCGCACUGCACACGACCGUAUCGAUAACGAAUCACGCGUCUGUCUACCGGGACCAUGCGCUCUACUCGCGGAAACGAGCAAUAACAAAUAUCUUUGAUCCGAUUCUCGCAACGCACACCGUAAUCUCGAUAACGGGUUGGCUGAUUAA